AUGACGAUUCUCAACAAGUUUUUUGGCAAAUCAGGUCAACAAUCAACUGAAGAACAAAUCAAACAUUUAGGAUUCGAAAUCAGCACCUGUCCAGAAACAUGCGACGAUUGUACUUCCAAGUUCCCUAAAUCAUUAUCAUUUGAAGAAUCAGACAAGCUUUGGCAGUCUACAAAACCAUAUGGGUUGCAUUUGAACGUGUCAACAGGAAGAACUGAUUGGCCGCACGAUGCAACUGGUACAUCGGGGACAUUGUCUCAUGCAGUAGCAUCAUGGGCUUCUAAGCACGGUGACACCCCAAUAGGCACCAUCAAAGUUACGUGUUCAUCCUUUGCUAGUGACGAAAUGUUCACUGAUGAAGAUUACAUCACUGAGCAAACUGGUGAUGUAUUGGUGCUUCCAUACUUUCUAUGGAUAAAAGGAUUGAAAGUAUCUGAAGUUGAUAAAGUCUUGACAAAAUUGGUCAGCAUUUUAUCAUCCACUGACCAUGAUAAACUACAAGUGAGCGAUAUUCAAGCUCAAAUCCCACAAAUAAUUCCUGACGUUAACAAGGCAUACAUUCUUCUAUGUUCCCACCGUACAAGAGACAAGAGAUGUGGAAUCACCGCACCAAUAAUGAAACGAGAAAUGGAAAUGUAUCUAAGAGAGUUGGAUUUGUAUCGUGACAUGUGUGAUACAUCACCUGGUGGAGUAAAUGUUGGGUUUAUAAACCAUAUUGGUGGCCACAAAUAUGCUGCCAAUGUUAUUAUUUAUUUAAAACUGUCGGGGAGAAACAUUUGGUUAGCGUUGUGCAAGCCUAACAAUGUAAGACCAAUUAUUGAUGAAUGUAUUUUGCAUGGAGGUAAAGUAUGGCCGGAUAAGGUGAGAUUAGUUCAAAAAUUCAAUCCAAUAGAGUGGUGA